AAAAUACAUCAUUUCCCCCAAAAAGCUUCAGCUUCAGCUCAGAAGGUGCUGUGCUGACACUUUGUCUCGUGUGGUUUUUGUUUCUUUCCCUUCCAUUUGUCUGUUGAUGUCCACAUCAUCCCUCCCACACCCCGGGAACCCCUCCGACAUCAUAUCUGCCAAACCAACCCACCACCCACCCGACGACUUCGCCGCCCGCCCGCCGCCCAAUUCCCCGUCCGCUCAUUUACUCGACCUUUGCACCCCAAACCCCUCCACCGCUCCCGACCGGCAGACCGACCGCCUCUGACCCGAUCGACCGGCUGUCGUUGACGACUGCAGCAACGACGACGACGUGGAAACCCGACAGCAGACGGCAAACCGAAUUCCUUUGCUCCUCUGCCUGCCCUACGAAUCGCGGAGCGGAGGCACUAGCUGGCUGGCCUUUGCAACCUCCAAGGGUAGCCUACGACACCCACGAUUGUUUUCUUUGUGUGUUUUCGCUGCCGUCAUUUCGCAGCAGUCUGGGCCUCCCGCGUUUGGGGAAAUCACUCCCACCAGUUGCGCGCCCGCCCUCACGUCACCACCGCCCUCGUUCGACCGGCUUUCUCUCUCUCUCUCUCUCUCUCCUUAUCCGCAUGCCCACCGACAUUUUCGUGGUCUAAACGACUAUUCGACUGCAAACGCCAAAGAAGAAGGGAGCCCAACGAACCGAGAAUAACGUCCCCCCAACUGCAUCCGACUGGCAUGCCGUCCUGCUGCCGGGCAAUGUGCAGCGCGCCCUCACUUUUGCCGUAACCGCCGCUCGCUUGACCUCACGAUCGAUCCUUUGCCUCGGCUUCCCUUCUUUCGAAAAGGCCAGCUCCUUCCUAUACGGAACCGCUUCUGCUUUGCGACGGUUCAUGCCGAAACCCUCGAACCCUCGACUACGAGAUAUCAGCCUGGUGAUUGCGCUAGGCUUCCCGUCCGCCGACCACCAUGCCCAAUCCCUCGCCGCCAUCGUCGGCCUCGUCCUCUGUCGAGCGUCAGUACCAUGUAAACGGCAGGGCCGCCGUGGUCGCCUCUCGCGAGAGGAGUUCAGGAACACCGCGAAAGGAAAAACAGGGCCCAAGGGAGAGCUCCGCGCUGCAAGACCCGGGUUUGAAGGAUUAUGUGCGUAUACCCGGCUCUGAGGACUCGUCCAAGAGUGAGAGAAGGGGGGAUUUGAGCGAGGAGAAACUAUGCAUGCAGGCCGCAAAAGCUGACCAGUUUCUCGAUACAGCGUUUGGGAGAAUGUCUCGGCAAGGGAGCCUUUGGAUCCGUCUACAAGGCUUUCAAUUGGGGAACGGGCGAGGCUGUUGCCGUCAAGCAGAUUAAGCUCGCUGAUCUGCCCAAGAGCGAGUUGCGCAUGAUUGAGUCUGAAAUCGAUCUUUUGAAGAACCUGCAUCAUGACAACAUUGUCAAGUACAUUGGCUUCGUCAAAUCGGCUGACUGUCUCAACAUCAUUCUCGAGUACUGUGAGAACGGCUCUCUGCACUCAAUAUGCAAGUCAUAUGGCAAGUUCCCCGAGAACUUGGUCGGCGUCUAUACAACACAGGUUCUGCAAGGAUUGCAAUAUCUUCACGAUCAGGGUGUUAUCCACCGAGACAUCAAAGGCGCCAACAUCCUCACCACCAAGGACGGCAAAGUCAAGCUCGCAGACUUUGGAGUUUCGACAAGCACACUCGCAGGCGGGCAAGACAAGGAAGCACAGGUCGUUGGUACCCCCUACUGGAUGGCACCAGAAAUCAUUCAACUUUCCGGCGCCAGUCCUGCGUCUGAUAUCUGGAGUGUUGGCUGCACGGUCAUUGAGUUGUUGCAGGGCAGGCCGCCGUACCAUAAUCUUGCGGCUAUGCCCGCGCUUUUUGCCAUUGUCAAUGAUGACCACCCGCCAUUGCCUGAGGGCAUUUCACCGGCGUCUCGCGACUUUUUGAUGCAGUGCUUCCAAAAAGAUCCAAACCUAAGAGUCACGGCGCGAAAACUUUUACGACACGCGUGGAUCAUCGGAUGCCGAAGAAGCGAUGCCCCCGUUUCCAAGGCGCCAGCUAAUUUCAGCCAAGCCGUGGAGGAAGUGAAACAGUGGAAUAAGGCUCUCAAGUCGUCCGAAAGCUCACUUAGGGCGUCCACCGGUUCCGACAGCGGGGUUCCCGGGAUGCAAGGUCAUCCCGGGUCGAGAUACAGUGCCAACGAACCACUCCGACCGAGCCUGAUCACCCAGCCCAAAGGACCUCUGGCUCUCGCGAAACCGAGACGAACACCUGAAGCCUUUAGGUCUCCAGAGCUUGCUGAUGACGACAAUUGGGACAACGACUUCGCAACGGCCAUUUCACCGAGCGCACUGCACUUGCCUCAUUUGAAGCCGCAGGACAACUUUGGCGGAUUGCUCUCUGCAGAUAAGCUAAAAGCAUUCGCUUCGCUUACGGAUGCUCGCAACGACUCGGAAAGUUACGAUGACGACUUUGAAGGGGAACUCUUGACUAUCAAGGGGCCAGGGCAAUUUACAGAUUUCGACUUUCAGGAACAGACAAUUCGUCCGACACCUCGCAAGAAGAGCGACAAGUACCCAGAGCCGAUGAAGCAGCAAUCGCCGCCCAAGCCAAGUCCGCGAAAGGCUGGCCACGCGAGAAACCCGUCUCGUCCCAAAUCUCCUGUCAAGCCGCAGCUAGGCCCCAGCAAGUUUGAGAUACCAGCUCCUCCAGAUCUGGCUUUCAGAGAGCAGAACACAGAAGACUACUCGGACUUGUUCAUGGAAAACGAUUUCAACGAUGGUGGACUUAACCCGUUUAUCAAAAAAGUCGACUCUCCUCAACUAUUCCACCCUUCAGAUCUCACGAGCUUGCCUCGUUCGACACAAUCGCCCGUCCCAGGAAGCUCGAGAAGGCCGCCCAGCGCAAAGCUGCGGCCUUCAGUUUUGCCAGAUCGGCCCAUGCGAAGGACGAGAUCAUCGAUUGAGAUUCAAAAAUUUGCCGAGGACGAAGGCGACGAAGAUUUCUCCGAUAUUUUCGGCCCAGAAGAUGCGGUCACAGAGAGGGAGGAGAGUGACAGGGGCUCAGAAGAUGGCGGCCUCAUGGUGUUGUCCAAGUAUUCCAACAACUCAUGGCUCGGAGACGACGAGGACGAGGAUGACCCUUUUGCUUCAAUGGACCCAGGGUGGGACGAAAUGGACCUGGAAGCAAAUAUUGCCAGGGACAGACACGCCAGGCUGGCAGGAAAGGUGGAAGAGCUCGUGCGGUCUUUGAAAACCUCGGAAGGCGAGGAAAAGCUGUGCGAGCUAUCUGAAGACUUGCUCGCCCUGCUUUGGGAGAACACCGAGAUCAAAGAUCUCAUCCUCAGUGCUCAUGGCCUCUUGCCGAUUUUGGAGCUUCUCGAGCCGUGUACAGUUAAGAGCAGGCAGCAGAUGAUUCUGUCUCUCUUGAAGGUCGUCAACACUAUUAUUUUGGACGAUGUCGAGAUCCAGGAAAAUCUCUGCUUCGUUGGUGGCAUUCCAAUCAUUACUAAAUUCUCGGCCCGGCAAUAUUCCAACGAAAUUAGACUCGAAGCAGCAGCGUUCGUCCGGCAAAUGUAUCAGACGUCCACGUUGACCUUGCAAAUGUUCGUCAGCGCUGGUGGUUUGAAUGUCCUAGUCGAGUUCCUCGACGAAGACUUUGACGAUGCUCGGGAUCUAGUCUUGAUCGGCGUCAAUGGCAUAUGGAAUGUCUUUGAGCUUCAGGGCCCUACGCCUAAGAACGACUUUUGCAGAAUCUUUUCGAGAAGCAAGAUUCUCUAUCCUCUUGCUCUGGUACUCCACAGAGUCCUCGAUGAAGAGGGAGAAGAUGAGCUUUCCGAAUUGAUAGAGGGCCGGAUUGUCAACAUCUUUUACCUAUUUUCUCAGGCUGAGAACUACGUCAAGGAGGUUGUCGCUGAUCGGCAAGUGUUGAAGAGCGUUUUGAAGGAUUUGCGACGAAUGACACCAAAUCAUCAGAUCACGAUGCUGAAGUUCAUCAAGAACCUUUCCAUGCUGUCUACGACGAUAGAAACGCUGCACACAGCUGACGCCAUUGAGUUUUUGAUUGACGUUCUUGGCUAUAGCAUGAAGAGGGGACAUCAACAUUUCCGAGAGAUCUCCAAUCAGGUCCUCAACACCCUGUUCAACCUCUGCCGUCUGAGUAAGGAGCGGCAGGAGGACGCUGCUGUUGGUGGCAUUAUUCCUUUGCUCAUGAAGAUCAUGAACACAGAUCGGCCACCAAAGGAGUUCGCAUUGCCCAUACUAUGCGACAUGGCCCACUCGGGAAGCAAGGGUCGCAGAUACCUCUGGCAGAAUAAGGGACUGGACUUUUACGUCUCGCUGUUGGCCGACCAAUACUGGCAGGUUACGGCGCUGGAUGCAAUUUUUAUAUGGCUUCAGGAAGAAACGGCAAAGGUCGAGAGUCACUUGCUUGACGGCAAGUUUACAGAUGCAAUCGUUGCCUGUUUCCACACCAACAAGCUCAACUCUUUUGAUGCCAACCUAUUGGAGCCUCUAUUGAAGCUUCUGCGCUUGAGCCCCUCGAUAUCAGGCUCACUGGCCAAGCCGGAGAUGUUUGCCGGCAUUGGCCAGAGACUAGGCCACAAAAAGGCCGUUGUACGGCUGAAUUUACUUCGUCUCGUCCGCAACAUUAUGGACGCAUGCGAGCCGGAGAUGCUGGGCAUGGGCAACGGAAGCAGCUCCCUGAACGUCAAGCAAGUCAGGUCUCUGUUUGAUACGAUCCAAAUGCUGGCUGACAAGGACACUGCUGUGCUGGUUCGCAACCUUGCGUCUGAACUUGUCAAGUCGCAUAACGAGAGCGAGCUUUAUGAUAUGCCCUCGGAGAGAAAGGGCUCGUCUGGAUCGGUAGCCUCCCGGCGCUCGGGGUCCGGACCUAGACGGAAAUCGUCCUAUACCCCGCCUGGACUUCACCAUGCCAUGUCGAUGCCUGCCACACCGACGCAAUCCCAGUCCCGUCAUCAUCGGCUUUCACAAAUACCACCAGGGUCAGGAGGCGCGUAUAUUGAAGUGGCCGCGAGCCCGAGAAGGACUGCUGUUCAGGAGCGCGAGGCUAUCUUGUAUCGCCCCAGGAGUAGGGAUGGUGCCACAAGCAUUCCUAGGCGGGUCAGCGGCGAGAUGUCGUCAAGUAUGCCUACAGGGCCAGCCUCGGGCAAGAGCAGGUUGCCUCGUCAUUCGUUUGCAAGACCCAGCAGCGCAUCUGGGCAACCCCCCUUAAUCAGAUCCGAGAGUUCCCUGUCGAAUAAAGAGAACCUCAGCAGAAACACAUCAGCCGUGUCAGCACCGGCUGCGUCACCUGUGCUACCGACGAGCAUGGCCAACAAGCGGCGAAGCAGAGCUCCAAGUUCGGACGUCAAAUGGUCAUCAUAGUAGGGGCCAUAACAUCUCAGCCAUCACCAGGCUGUACAUUCAUUUUAGGCUGUUUUCUCUUUUCCUUUUCCUGUAUUGCAUGUGCGAGUUGUCGGCUCGCAGGGCUCGGGCGAAUGAUACCUCGUGGGUAUACACACGGCUGGCUGGGAUGGGGAGAAGGAGGCAUGAUUUAUAACGUUGCACACGUUUUUCUCUUUUUUGAUAUGAGAUGAAGGCUGCUAUGAGUCUUGGACGGGGGAAAGAUGAAAUGCCAAAAAGGGGACCGAACUGAAAUGCCUUGCGCAAACGUUGGCUUUGCGGUGGUAAAAAGUCCUCUAGGAGGGGAAAAGAAUAUUUUGUCCUUUUUGUUUGCAACUCGGAUCAUGAGAGGGAGCUUCAGUUUUGAGCUCCCUGCGAUAGCGGAUGGCAUUAGAACCAAAUUCAUGGCAAGCAAUUGCACCCCCAUCUAACGGCUAUGGCCGCCUAUAGUUCCUGUGUCUAACUCCUUCAUCCUGACAUUUCUGAUCUCCCUCUUACUUUCACGAGAUCCUACCGUAGAAUCCGAACCCCCUCCCUUCCUACCAUCAUCGAAAGACUCGUGAACAUUCUUCAAGGGAAAAAAAAAUCAAGUGCUCUUUUGUACCUCCCCCCCAUCCUCAAACAAGCCACGCAUCACCGCCCAGAACCUCGCUCCACACCUGUCCCUCGGCCCUCUCGAACCCCUUUGCGUCCUCCACGUCGGCGGCGCCAAAGUUGCGUCCGUACAGGUGCGGGAAGGCGGAGGGGAAUUUGCCCGAGGGGGGGAACUCCCACUUCAUCGAGCCCGAGGCGGCGAGGGGCGCGUAGGGGAGUUUGAGGAGGUGUAAGGUCGUGGCGGAUGAGAAGAAGAGGUUUGCUGUGUUGAGGACCUGGUGGUGUUUUCAGUGUGAGUUUUUUUUUGGUUUAGGGAGGUUUGAUUGGGGGUAUGGUUGGGUAUAUGGUGGGGAGUUGUGGAAGGUCGUGGUGUAUGAUUGUAUGGUGGGGGUUAUGAGGAUAAGUAUGAGGGUGAAAAGGCGAGUGUGAAGGGAAUCGAGAGCGGAAGGAUGUGAGAUGUAGACUCGAGAGGACAGUACGCGGAGAAGAAGAACAGAGAUAGAGGGUCAAGGAAUAUAGACACUGAAAGGUCGAGUUUGAAAAGAAGAAGAGGAAGCAAGAGAGAUCAUGCGUACCUGCUCCGCCGUACUCAGAUGAAUAAAGCCAUCGUUGCGAUCGAGGUCCGAGAGGGGGAACUCGGUCGGCAGCGGCGACGGCGGCGCCUCGGGCACGAUUUUGUAAAUGUAUUGCGGGGUUUGCGCGGGUUCGGCCAUGUUUGCAAUCUUUACAGGAGGUCGAAUAUGAAUAUCGUAGAGGGUGGUGCUGGAUAUGUAUGUCUACUGAACUGGCGAUGCUGUGCGAGGGGAGACAAAUGACUUGUGAGAGGU